CGUGUUUGAGCAUCUUGUAUAGUUUGUUGCUCGUGCAAGAGAUGGGGUUAAUUUUCACUCACUGAAAAAUCGAAUGUAAAUACAGCUUAAUAAUAAAAUCGGAAAACUAGAAAAAUUGAAUACAAAUGAGUGAUGAUUCAAAAAACAACGAUAUAAAAAUGGAAAGUACCCAAAAUACAGAGGGUGUAAUAUUUAAUAAUGUAGCUAAAGUAAAAAAACGGAAACGGGGUAUUGUAUAUUUAUCUAGCAUACCUAAAUAUAUGAAUAUCACGAAAAUUCGUGAAUUAUUUUCUGCAUACGGUAAAGUUGGAAGAAUCUAUUUACAAUUAGCUGAAAAUGAACUGGAGCGGAAUGGUGGAAAGAAGAAACAAAAGAAAGUUUAUACAAAGUUCUUUACUGAAGGUUGGGUUGAAUUUGAAAGUAAGAAAAUAGCAAAAUAUGUUGCAUUUACAUUAAACAAUACCCAAAUAUCAACUAGAAAAAAGAGUAAAUUUUAUGAUGUUAUUUGGAACAUAAAAUAUCUUCCAAGAUUCAAGUGGAUUCAUCUGAGCGAACGUUUAGCUUAUGAACGUGCAGUACAUAAACAAAGACUACAAACCGAAAUUGCACAAGCAAAACGAGAGGCAAACUUCUAUUCGCACAACGUCGACAGAAGUAGAAAACUACAUCAAGUGCGACAAGACGAGAAUAGCACAUUUGUACCACCUAUGAUAAAACAAAGGGAUACAGAUGCUGAAAUCAGAAGCAAAAAGGAAAGCAAAUCUGUAACAGAUAGAACAGAUUUCCUGAAAUCUCUGUUUGGUUGAAAUUCUUCUAUCAGGGAAAUAUAAUAUUUAUUUAUUUAUAACUAAACAGUAAAUAUCUCUUUCUAUAUAUAAGCAUAUAAAUGAAUCAGUAAAUCGGUUAAUUGUUAAGUUGCUUUAUCUUUUGUACCUUUCGUGUAAAUUGAAUAAAAUUAUUCUAUGUAAAUUAA